AUGGAGUUCUACCCUGGAUACCUUGAAGACCACUUCAACAUCCACAAGCUUAGCGGCACCGGCGGCGCCUCCCCGCCGGAGUACAUGACGUCGGCCGCGGCGACGCAGUACGCGCCGGCGCCCCUCAGGAUGGCCAUGUACGAGCGCGCCCCGCAGCAGCAGCAGCACCACCACCACCACCACCACCAGCAGCAGCAGCAGCCCCAGCUGCAGCCGGCGCUGGGCAUGUGGAGCAGCGAGCCCUACAAGGUGGACAGCGGCGGCCAGGCCACCAGCGGGUCCAGCAUCAUGGAGCCCGACGCCAAGUUCGACCACGCAGGGCUAGACGAUGAUCCGCACAUGGACGAGCUGGAGACGGCGGGGGACGCCGAUCAGGGAGCGAGCAAGCCCAAGGAAAAGGUCAUGAGAAGACUUGCGCAGAACAGAGAAGCUGCCCGGAAAAGUCGCCUAAGAAAGAAGGUGCCUCCCAUCCAGCAGCUAGAGUCGAGCCGGAUAAAGCUGGCGCAGCUGGAGCAAGAGCUGCAGCGCACCAGGCAGCAGCAAGGCAUGUACGGGGGGAGCAACCCGGGGGCGAGCCUGCAGCGUCAUCACGGCGGGGGCUCGGCCGGCCACUUCGGGUUCGCGGCCGCGGGGCAGAUGAUGAUGGACCCCGGCGUGGCGGAGUUCGAGAUCGAGUACGGGCACUGGGUGGACGAGCAGAAGCGGCACACGGAGGAGCUGCGGAGCGCGCUGCAGCCGGGGCAGGCCACGUCGGAGCUGGAGCUGGAGGUGAUGGUGCAGACCGGGCUCGCCAACUACGACCGCCUCUUCCGGAUCAAGGGCGCCGCCGCGCAGGCCGACGUCUUCUGCGUCAUGUCCGGGCUCUGGCGGUCCCCCGCCGAGCGCUUCUUCCUCUGGAUCGGCGGCUUCCGGCCCUCCGAGGUCCUCAAGAUCUUGAGCCCGCAGCUGGAGCCGAUGACGGACCCGCAGUCGGUGGCGGUGUACGCGCUGCAGCUGACGUCGGCGCAGGCGGAGGACGCGCUGUCGCAGGGCAUGCAGAAGCUGCAGCAGACGCUGGCCGAGUCCCUCACGGACCCCUUCGCCGCCCCCGACGCCUACAUGGUCGGCGCCGUCGAGAAGCUCAAGGGCCUCGUCGGCUUCGUGCAGCAGGAACAUGCACAGGAUCCUGACGACGCGGCAGGCGGCCAAGGGCCUGCUCGUGCUCGGGGACUACUUCCAGCGCCUCCGCGCGCUCAGCACGCUCUGGGCGGCCCGCCCGCGCGAGUCCGCCAUAAGCUAAGCUGCACUCGAUCACGUAGCAAUGGCGGAAGCAGAGAAAGAUCGACGAUGGCGCAGAAGAAGUUAGUACGUACGUAG